AUGAGUGGAGACCAUCAGUUUAGAUCCAAUACAUCUCUGAAAGAUGAUGCUGAAGGAGGCAUACUAAGAAAAAUGUCUCUUGGAAGUCCAUUUCAAGAUAGCUCAAAAUUUAUUAAAAAUAUUCAUUCAUAUUUGAAAUCAAAGAAAAAAACUAGCAAGUAUCAAAACAAACCUGAUAGUACUAUCAGUACCAAUAAUUCUCCAAACUCUGAUGAUUUGGCAAUAAACAUCGAUACCUCUUUUGAUAUCGACGAAUCUCCAUUGGGACUUAAAAUUACUUCAAGUGACCAACAACCAUUUUCAAAUAUAUAUUCCUUAUCACCAACGAAAUUGAAUAAGAAUAAAACAAAUGACACUUCAAUACAAUUAAAAAGUUUAGAUACAUCAUCGAAAAGCAAACAACCUUUGCCUUUUACCGAUCUAUCAAACGAUUUAGAUAUAAUUUCCCAAAGUAAUUCUGAAAUUACCAAAAGAUCUAUCAUCGAUGACUCUUCAAUCAAAAGGAACUUGUUAGACUUAAGGUUAGAUAGCCCAAAAAGUUCACCUAGAAAUGAUAAAUUUAACCAUAAGUAUAAUAAUGCUGUUCAUAAAAAUCAAGAUAGUUCAAAAAAGGAUAGAAGAAAAAUUAAAACUCAAAGAGCUCAAUCAUUAAAGAGAAUAAAUUCAAUGUAUUCUAAUCCAAAAGAGCUAGAAAAUUCCAUUUCGAAAAUGAAAGAAGAAUCCAAGGAUGAUUUGAGUUCAAUGAUUCCAAAACAAUUAUUUGAGUCUAGAUUAUCAUCUAGUAAUAUAUCUGUAUAUUAUAACAAAAGUAAUAACGAAAAAGAUCAUUUCCCAAGAAUUACUGCAUCCACUUUGAAAAAAAUAACACAGGAUAAAAUAUAUGAACCACAUUAUAGUGCAUGUUAUAUCGUCGAUUGUAGAUUCGAAUAUGAAUAUAGUGGCGGUCAUAUAUUAAAUGCAAUGAAUGUUCCAUCAAAAGAUGAGCUAGAAUGGGAGUUAUUAAAUGAAUCAAUUCUAAACUCAAUGGGAGAUAAACCAAUUUUACUUGUUUUUCAUUGUGAAUUUAGCUCUUAUAGAAGUCCAAUAAUGGCAUCACAUCUGAGAAAUUGCGAUCGAAUACUAAACCAAGAACAAUACCCUGAGCUGCUUUAUCCAGACAUUUUGAUUUUAGAUGGUGGAUACAAGUCAUUUUAUGACGAAUUUCCAAAGUUAUGCUACCCUUGUAAUUAUGUAUGUAUGGAUUCUCAAGAAAACUUAGCAACAAGAAAUCAAGAGAUGGGUAAAUUUAGGAAUGAUUCUAAGAGAAACGUCUCAAGAAAUUCCUCAUUAUAUCGAUUAACAUCAAUUUCAAGAUCAACUACGAAGUUGAAGACAGCAAAUUUGAUAACCACCACGACCAAUGAUACAACGUCUCAGCUUUACAAAUCACAGACAUAUAAUUCUUCUUUUGCUUCAUUUAAACCAGAGCCACCAAAAAAAUCAAUAUUCUCUAGAUACCAAGAUAAUGAUUCCUUUGAGAGCAUCAUAGAUUCGUCGCCUAUAAGUAGAAACUCUGCAAAGUUAUUUUAUGGAAUAAAUAAUCUAGAACCCACCUCAAAAUCUAUCUUCAGUGACGAUACCCGGGAUUAUGAGAUCCAAAGUCCAACUAUAGGUCAAAUAUUCUCUGAAUCAAAAACUACUAAUCCUUUUAAUGAAUCAGAUUCAGAGUAUUUAGAUGAUGUACCUUCAAUUUAUGAAACUCCUAUUAACGACACUUUUGAAAGAAAUAUAGAAUUUAACAAUAAUUCAUAA